AUGGAAAAAGCUGGACCGUCUACAAGAAAUCCUGAACGGCAAUUGCCAAAUAAAAGGAAAAGGUACAGUUCAAAGUUCUUUUGCUUUCGCCGAAAGGUUCCAUUGACACAGUUAAUUUUGAACUAAAAAACCAAGAAAAGCAAAGAAAACUUGCUGAUCAGAAAAAUGCAUGAGUUUUCUUGUUAAGUGUUUCAUUCGACGCGUUAACAGUGUUCAUCGCAUGUUAUGUAUAUAGGACUCUUCAUAGCAAGAGAACGAAAGCGCAAAAACUGGAAUGCGAUUAUAUAGGACUCUUCGUAGCAAGAGAACGAAAGCGCAAAAACUGGAAAGUGAUCCACCCAACGUUUCCAUUUCUGCAAAGGCAAUUAUAACUUGAACAGUCCAUAGACAUGUAUAUUUUACGGCUGAAUGUUGACAGUCAGUUGGUCAAUCAGUCGGUCGGUCAGUCAGUUUUCAACCACUCUACCGCUUAACAGAAAGCCAUACACUUAAGUCAGACGCACAUUUAAUUAUUCAAAAAAGUUAUAUUUUGCUUUUUCAAAGAAACAAGAAUGAUUCAUGUGUGGAUCCCUUGGAUUAUAUGCUUCUUCCUACGCCGCCUCCAAUGGAUGAAGAAGGAAUCUGGAGACUUGAGAGAAAAUACUCGAGAGGCAGAGGGAGAGGCUCAUACAAGGCUUUUAUGAUUUGGAAGGUAUGUGCUACUUACCGAAAAAAAAUUAAAUUUUGUCAGGCUCUGUUGGUGGUCAGGGAUGAUUUCUUUACAGUUGCAAAGGUCUUAGACUUUGGGAAUCCAUGUCAGCCCUUUUCCCUAAAUUUGUCCAAAAAGUGGCAAUUUAUUCAUUACUAAUAAACAUUCUGACACCUCUCCCAUUCCGGGGCUACAUUGGAAAGCUUGCUUGCCCAAUGUGUCAUCCUCCACAAUUUCAGAUCGUUUGCUGUGUUCUAUAUGUAAAUCGACCAACCUACUCUCCCCUCCUACCCGUUCAUCGGCCUCCACCAGUUCAGUUCUUCUGAUUGUUCACCCACAAACUUCUUUCGUUCGUUCGUUUAAUUUAUGUAAUUCCUAGCAAAACUCAUGGCGAGAUUUCAGUCUUCCUAUUUUUGAAGUAUCUUACGACAUAAUGGCGAACAUAAAUAAGUGUGACGAGUAUUCCUCGACCUCUUUCUUAUAUCACUUGUUGUAUAACAUAGAAUGUAACAGACAACCAAGCCAUUAUCCCAGACGUCAUCACGGACCCUGCAGCUCGAGAAAAAGAACAGCUGAGAGAGGGUGAGUAUGAUGACAACGAAAAAACUUCGCUUCUCUUUCAUAGUUGUUUAAAGAUGUAAGCAAAAGUACAACAAAAUCUUAGAGAACAGCCUUAAACCUUAAGGAUUUUGUCUACUAAUCUCUCCUUACGAUAUCACCCUUGAGUCAAACAGAGUUAACAGUGAGCCAUGAUUAAGUCGUUACGCGUGACUGGCGUAAUCAUGAGCGAGCAUUCUAGCCCGUCUUCGAAUUUAUUUUCUAUGCGUUUUACGCUCUAUGGGCAAAAAUUAUCGUAACAAGCGUCUUUGAUUUAUGUGCACCAGAGCUCAUUACAAAUCCAUUUGAAGAAGAAGAACAGAGAAAAGAGAGAGAGAAAGAAUCAUGGAACCUCGAAGAAGAGAAGCAACUUUGUUCUGCGUGAGUAUGAAUCGGAGGUUUCACCACGGCCUUUUACAGUAGAAUCGCAACAAAUCAAUGUUGCAAAAAAAAAUGUAAAAAAAAAAAAAAAUUUAUCACCAUUGGAUUUCAAAUCGCUCUAUGAAAAAUUUGCGCGAAAUAUCGUCCUUUCCAAAUUGUGUCCUUCAUGCAAGAGGCGAGAAUUUCUUACACCAAGACAAGCCAGACCAAUCAAGAACUUUCCACAAUAAUCUUUCCGUUUGCGGUUUAUUAAUAAUAAGGUACAUUUCGCCCCGACUAAUCAAAGAUAAAGUAGAGGUGCAGUUUUUAGGUAAUUUUUUUAGCAGUGAUGCGCUGCGCGUUUUUCUUUACCAGUUCAUCGCAAUUUCAAGAGGAACUGGUUGCUAAAUAAUUUAUUGUUUCAUGCAAAGAUUUUUUCUACGAUGAGUCAGUAAGGAAUAGUUUGAUCAGAUGUGUACUUAAUUUGAAACAGAAAGAGAUAUCAAGUCAGAAAAAGGACAAUGAAACUUAUAAACCAAUUUUUAGAUGUGUUAAUCAAGAAACAGUUUUAUUGUAACUCUCCGUCGUUCAUUUUAGUAUUAUCUAAUACAUUUUACCGAUGCGUAUGGUCUUGUACGGUAGGUUGAAAAGGAAGAAGCAAGACUUCUUUAAAGCAGCGGAAUCAGUACCAAAUAAGGUAACGGGACAAAUUAGCACGAUUAUAUGAUGAGAUAACUAACGUCGGUGAGGAAAUUUAUUCAAUGUCGUGCCCAAGAUCAUAUCGGUUGCUUGUCAGCUGCAUUACUUAGCAACGAGGAGCCAAAAUGACCCCAGACUCGAGAUUGAAAUGCAGUUGCCUCACAGUUUCUAAUCGUUUGCAAACAUGAUUAAGUGUUAAUAGAUGGUUGACGAUUGUUGUUAUUGCAUGUUUUUCUAAUACAUUUCAGACGCGAGAAGAAUGCGUGGUACAUUGGUAUCAUUACAAAAAGAAAGAAGAUCAUAUCAAGGUCAGAGAUAGCAGCUUAGCUUUGUACAGGAGGAGGGUGGGAGGAGGGCGGGGGGGUCAUUUUCCUUUUUGUCUGGAAAAAAAAAUUGAAGUUUCUUCAUUGCUUUCCCAGAAAAGCGGAUAAAAAUUUGGUGUAUUCAUGAAAAUUAGUUCUAGAAAAAGGUUCCCAUUUACUUAUUCCCCAAAAUUAUCCGUUAGAAAGUGUAGAAAACCCCUGAAAAGGUUUUGUUUAUCUGUUUGCUUUUGAAGAACAACACUGACUAUAAGUCUAAUUCCAGUCGCACCUACCAAGUUGCGAUUAGGAAAAUAUUAAAAAGUUCCUCUCGAUGCUGUUCUGCCUGGUAAAAUGUAUGAUGACGGAAGUUACUUCAAAGUUAGGAUAUCAAUAAUUUCCUUUUCUCUGAAAAACGCAAAGGAUACCUUGCUCCCCAGUAGGUAUCUUAGAAUAAACCUUGCUCCAGAUAAAUUAAUCAUCAUGUUCCCAUGUUCCGGUGUUAACAGUUAGAAGACCAUAACCUCCUAGCUUUAACUGGCCACCAUCGUGAAGUUAUCGAUUACGCUAAAUAUAGAGUAUUGAGUUGAAAUGGUAUUGUGGGUUUGAUUUUCUUUUGUUUAAAGAUAAUGUUAGGAGAUGUUUUUGUUUUAGAAAUGAAACUUCUCGGCUGUUGGUGACAUUGGUAUAGACAAGAAUUGACUCCGUAUUUUAAUCACACUCGCAAUACCCGAUACUUUACAAUUUUCAUUAGGACUCGUUUAUCCAGUAUUCUCACAAAUCUAUGUCUCUUGGUUUCUACAGGCGUGCAACACUUGCGCAGUCCGUGUGGAACGAAAAAGGAAACGCAAACUGAUCGAAGAACAAGAAGACGCUGCAGAGGCUGCCUCGCCUCCAAAGAAAUCGAGGUCAGGAAGGACCAUCAAAGUUCCUCGACGCUUCUCUAAGGGAGCCGAGGGGCGUCAGAUGUGA